AUGGGCGCACCCAGGGCGGGGCUACGGAAGCGUCGCUACCGCCAUGCUAGCUGAAGGAGUCCUGUGUUAACUAGCUUCGCUAACUCAUGUCUUGACAGCUCGUGAUAUUGUCCUGGUUGUGGUUUCCGUUUUUUUUUUGUUCAUGGACACUGGGAUCUAGAAUGGAAACAACAACUCGUGCGUGAAGGUCGUCGUUUUGUUCCCUAGCAAGAGCCGACAGGACAGGACAGUUAGCCUCGGUGGACUUAGCCGUUAAGCUCGCGCGGCUAACCGUCACAUAAGUCACUGGUGCCCGGCUGCCAUCACGACCGAGACGACAGGCAGGCAGGCCGAGUCCACAGCUCGGCGUCCCGACGUGUCCGCGCUCAUCAUGGAGAAGGCUGAUUUCUUGAAAGGACUUCCCGUCUACAAUAAGAGCAACUUCAGCCGGUUCCACGCCGACUCUGUUUGUAAAGCAUCAAAUCGAAGGCCUUCUGUUUACCUUCCAACGCGUGAAUACCCCUCUGAACAGAUUAUUGUAACAGAGAAAACCAACAUCCUCCUGCGUUACCUCCAUCAGCAGUGGGACAAAAAGAAUGCAGCAAAGAAAAGAGAACAGGAACUAGGUGAGGGGGACAGCCCGGCACCCCCAAGGAAGAUCGCCAGGACAGAUAGCCAAGAGAUGAAUGAGGACUCAUAAGUGUGCGUGUGUGCGCGUGUGUGUGUGUGUGUGUGUGCGCAUCGUGGGUGUGUGUACAGACAAUAGCUAAUAAAAACUAACAAAAACAAAGGAUAAUCCCACCUGAAUGAAGACUUCUGACCAUUCUGCACUGUGGCAGGAUGCCUCCCCUGACCAAUUUAUGAAGAGGCCAUAAAAAAUGUGGGGAAAUUCCUAUCGACAAAGCAGCCCCACUAAUGGUGUAACGAUUCAAGUGCAUGAAGAGAUCUCGCAGCCACUGUCAGUCACUGACAUGGACAGAACAGAGCCGCCGCCACCAGAGAGGGAACCUGUUGUUUCUUAAAAUGAAUGUUGGCUAUUCCCUGUGUGGGUUAGAAUACGUGUAUGUGUUUGUAUGCAUGCUGAGCUGUGAUUGUGUGUUCAUUGUGCGUUGUACUGUACGUGCGAGAUGAGUGAAUAGUUGAAAAAGAGUAGAUUUCAGAUCAGAGAUGGACUUGACAGAAGGAGCCGGACAACUACUCUUUAAAAAAAUCAGUCUCAUAACUGGUACCUGACUUGUGUAGCCUCUUGCCUCCCGGAGAGUCUGUCCUGAUUAGUGCAAAGACGGCAUUUUGUUACUGUUUUAAUUUUAUUAUAACUUUUAAUUUUUUACGUAUGGCAAUGAGCUUCCUGCCAGCCGCAGUGCCCGCCCUCUCAGUUCCACUGCCCAUUCUGCGACCACAUGGGGGCAUUGCAACCUUUCUCCACACUGUUUGAAUCGACAGAACCAAGAACGCACUGUGAAGAACAGCACAACGUAGAAGCAACUCUUCCCCUUAGAUGUGUGUUUAUGGUGAAUAUUAUGCAUAUCUUCAUUCUAUUCUGGGACUUGUGCUUGUACAGUACGAUAGAUGUGUUGGUGUCGCUGAGAAAUAUUUUUUACAUCUAGCACCACCUCCUGGCUAGGCAACGCUAGUAAGAACGGGUUUGGCCUUGCAUUUUAGCUUUUCUCUCAUCAAAAGAUGGAAAAGGAAAAAGUCACAUCCAAAUAAGAAGAUGUUGAUUGUGUUGUUGGGUUUCCAGUUGCACCACUUGGCAACGGAACAGAUGGUGAAGGAAAAUGUGUAUAGUAAUGUAUGGAAAAGGGAAAGUACAUGAUUUUGUGUGUAAAUAAUCACCAAUAACAGAUGGAAUAUCUUUGUGUUUGCCUUUUUGUAAAAUAAUACACGCCCGUGGAUACAUUAGAUGAUCACCCCAUGGCCAGCGGAUGUUCCCUCGCCAUGCAUGCUGAUGUUUUCGAUGCCUGGGUCUUAGUUUCCUGAAGCAGGGGGUGGAAAGUUUUAGCCCAGAGGCCUUACGACCUUGUCAUCAUGGUUCGGACCCUUUUGCUCCCCUAGCUCAGGGCUUGGGGUGGCCGUACUGUUUGCCCCGUCGUCGUGACGACGGCCCCGCAUGGGUUUUGACUGAGAGCAGGCUUAAAUGAACACAUGGGGGUUUAAAGGGGGGAGGGAGGGUGUUAUAUUUUUCAGCCAUAGAAUGCACAAUGAGCAUGCACAGCAAAGUGCAGCCGCCAUCCUGCCUUGUACCAGAGAUUCAGUUUGUAUUGGUGACAUACUUUACAACACUGAAUAAAGCUUCUUUUUUCCCUCCUAAAUGCUCCUACCACUGCCCAUCAGUCACAUUAAAGCCUCCUUUUAUCAGUUGAUGCUGCGAGUGUGGGUGCACAGUGUUGACAGUCAUCUUCCCACCUACCGUAUAAAUACCCCCCGUCUGUUAUUGAAGCGUACAACCACGGUCUGCUUCUGCUCUGAUAGACUGUUCUACUACACCCUAAGCCUUGCCCCAUCAUGUGUGUUAGAUAGGACCUGCUCUUUUUAGCUUUGCUGAAAUAAAACUGGAUUCAAACUG